AUGGCUAAGCCAGAACUCUGGUCGUCGACCGUGGUGCAAACCCUCUUCGCUCGUUCACCUCCCGCUCCGCUCUCGCCGAAGGGUAUAUGGCGCCAGGAUCUAACAGCUCAGAUCAACCAGCUGUCAGCUAAUCUCAACGUCAGAGCAGUUCUCCACCUGCUUAAUGAUGAUUUCAAUGGCUGCCACGAGCUUGUACAAACCCAAGAAGGCAAUCCCUAUUCUGAUCACUUGCACUCGAUCGCUCAUAGGCGUGAGCCCGACUACGAGAACUCCAAGUAUUGGAUUGCGAGCUUCUCUCAUGAGCACUUGACGGAGAUAUACUCGCCUGGCGGCACCAUUACUCAGGCCAAGCAGGAAAUGACCAAGUUUGUAGAUGCUUUACAAUCUGUUGAGGCUUCCGGAAAUGGGGUCGCGGACCACGAGAAGAGGCAGUGGGAAGAAAUGACGAAGCUUGCGAGAAUCCUGAUUGACUCGGAAUAA